CUGCAUACAUUUCUGUAAUUCAUUCAAAGUAAUCUAAAUCCCUAAUAUUUCUGUGUCUAAUGACUACUGGCAAUUAUAAAAGCGUGCCAUUUUGAGUGUUAGGAGUAAUAAUUGGCUCUUUACUCCUCUCUCUCAUCAAAACUUUCUACCAGUUUUAGAAAUCAAUGGCCGGAAAAAGUAAGAUUCUGUUCAUCGGCGGUACUGGUUACAUCGGAAAGUUCAUCGUCGAAGCUAGUGCUAAAGCUGGCCACGACACAUUUGUCUUGGUUAGAGAAUCCACUCUUUCCAAUCCUAUCAAAACCAAACUCAUCGAUACUUUCAAAAGUUUUGGCGUCACCUUCCUCCAUGGAGAUUUAUAUGAUCAUGACAGUUUGGUGAAGGCGAUAAAACAAGUGGAUGUUGUGAUUUCUACAGUAGGUCAUGCCCUUUUAGCUGAUCAGGUCAAGCUAAUUGCUGCUAUCAAAGAAGCUGGCAAUGUCAAGAGAUUCUUUCCCUCUGAAUUUGGGAACGAUGUAGAUCGUGUCCAUGCAGUUGAGCCUGCUAAAACAGCAUUUAAUACUAAAGCUCAAAUUCGCCGCGUUGUUGAGGCUGAAGGAAUACCAUUCACUUAUGUGACCACUUUCUUUUUUGCUGGUUAUUCUCUUCCAAAUUUGGCACAGCCUGGAGCUGCAGGUCCUCCCAACGACAAAGUUGUCAUCUUAGGAGAUGGCAAUACUAAAGCUGUUUUUAACAAGGAAGAAGACAUUGGUACCUAUACCAUAAAGGCUGUUGAUGAUCCAAAAACACUUAACAAAAUCCUCUACAUCAAACCUCCACACAAUAUAAUUACGUUAAACGAGCUGGUAUCCUUGUGGGAGAAGAAAACUGGAAAGAACCUUGAAAGAAUAUAUGUACCAGAGGAACAAGUUCUCAAGAACAUACAAGAAGCCUCGGUUCCAUUGAGUGUGGGAUUAUCGAUCUAUCACACUGCUUUUGUGAAGGGUGACCACGCUAAUUUUGAAAUUGACCCAUCAUUUGGAGUAGAGGCAUCAGAGGUUUAUCCUGAUGUUAAAUAUAUGCCGGUAGAUGAGAUUCUCAACCAGUAUGUCUGAAAAUAUAGAGUUCAUUCAUAUUAAGCAUAAGGUUCUGAUGCUCAAUACCCAGCUCACGAUUAGUGCUAUUCGUAUCAGCUUUAAUUUCACCACUGUUUGUGAGUCCUCAUCUCCUCGAGGACACCACUUAUGAUUUCCGUUCAGUCAUUACUUUUAGUUUUCAAACAUGUUAGAGUUAGCUAGGGGUUUGUCCUAGCAACUCAUGUCAGUAGAGACUUUCAGACAGUCGGUUAAGUUUCAGCCAUGUUAUGUUGUCUCUCAGAUAUUAGACUCUUUGAGUAUUAUGGGCUUAUUUCGAUAUUUCUCAGUUUUAGCUUCCGCAUGUACAUCUCAGUUUUGUGUUGAUUUUGUUAUUCUUAGUAUCAUGCUAUGUCAUGUGGUUAGCUAGGGGUCACUUGUGGCUCAAAGCAUCGUGUCGCGUCUAGGGAUAGCCUUG